AUGAUCACUGUGACCAAGGGGGCAAGGGAAGCAGGUCCUCAUGGUCUAGGAAAUUGCAACUCGGACUCGGACGGAAAGGCGACUCUGGCCGGAGAUCAGGAAGAGAUUGAUUGUGAUCUCACUCACUUGGCUCGCUCCGUGAGUGAGCGAUCCAAACUGUCGCACCACCCGCUGCCUUUCAACAAAAAUGACCUCGUUCUCGACCCACACAGUCCUCGAUUCAACGCCAGAGCCUGGGCGAAAGCCUUUUACGGUCUUCGCUACCAGUCUGAUAACAGUGCCCCCGCACGCGUGGCCGGGGUCGCCAUCAAGAACCUGAACGUGGUGGGAUAUGGCAGUCCGGUUGACUAUCAGAUGAGCGUGGGGAACGCGGUCUUGAAGGUGCCAACCCUCAUCCGCCAACUUCUGGGCGGGAAGAAGAAGAGAAUUGAGAUUCUGCGUGAUGUCGACGGCUUGCUUCUCCCCGGUGAACAACUCUGUGUUCUAGGGCCUCCUGGUUCCGGCUGCUCGACCUUCCUCAAAACAAUUGCUCAAGAAACAUAUGGAUUCCAGGUCGACCCGGCCACGUACAUCAACUACCAGGGGAUCACCCCAAAACAGAUGUCAGCGGAGUUCCGGGGUGAAGCCGUCUAUACAGCCGAGGUGGAUGCUCACUACCCCCAACUGGUGGUUGGAGACACUCUGUACUUCGCUGCCCUCGCCCGUGUCCCUCGUCAAGUACCUGGUGGAAUGUCUCGCCAGGAGUACGCCACCCAUCUGCGAGAUGUGAUCAUGUCAAUCUUUGGGAUCAGCCAUACGAUCAACACCAAGGUCGGGAAUGACUUUGUGCGUGGCGUCAGUGGAGGGGAGAGAAAGCGAGUUACCAUCGCAGAAGCCGCAUUGAGCUAUGCUCCAUUGCAGUGCUGGGAUAACAGCACUCGAGGCCUGGAUAGUGCCAACGCUGUGGAAUUCUGUCGGACAUUACGCACACAGGGCGAUGUUUUCGGGGUGACCUCGUGUGUUGCCAUCUACCAGGCACCCCAGGCGGCCUACGACCUUUUCGACAAAGUCACCGUUCUGUACGAAGGACGGCAGAUCUACUUUGGCCCUGCCCAGGCAGCCAGGGAUUACUUCAGUCGCAUGGGAUUCAUAUGCCCCGAGGCACAGACAACGCCUGACUUCCUGACCUCCAUGUCAAGCCCCGUUGAACGCGUCAUACGCCCAGGAUAUGAGCACCUCGUGCCCAGAACGGCCGACGAAUUCGCCAGACGAUGGCAUGAAAGCCCUGAGCGCCAGGCUCUUCUGCACGAAAUCGACCAAUAUGUUGACGCACACCCAUUCCACGCUUCGGACCUUGAUAAAUUCGCCUCCGCUCGACGAGCGGAGAAGUCCACGAAACAGCGGCGAAAAUCUCCAUACACUUUGUCUUACUGGGGCCAGAUUCGGAUCUGCCUAUGGAGAGACUUUCAGCGACUCAAGAACGAUCCGAGUGUCACUCUUGCCAUGCUAAUUGGAAACUUCUUCGAAGCUUUAAUCAUUUCCAGUGUGUUCUACAACCUUGCAAAUGACACAUCAUCGUUCUUCUCGCGUGGUGCCCUUCUUUUCAUGCUGGUCCUCCUGAGCGCCUUUUCCAGCAUGUUGGAAAUCAUCGUUCUGUACGAGAAGAGGACCAUCGUCGAAAAACACACCCGAUACGCCCUCUAUCACCCAAGUGCUGAAGCCGUAUCAUCAAUGAUCAUGGACAUGCCUUACAAAAUUGUCAACUCGUUGCUUGUCAAUCUGGUGUUGUACUUCAUGGGAAAUCUCCGGCGGACACCGGGAGCAUUCUUCUUCCUGUACCUGAUCGCAUUCUCCAUGAUGAUGGGCAUGUCCAUGUUUUUCCGGUUCUUUGCCUCCAUUACCAAGUCGCUCGAACAGGCUCUUGCACCCUCGUCCAUCAUUCUGCUUGCCCUCGUGCUAUAUACGGGGUUUGCUAUCCCGGUCAGCUACAUGCGUGGCUGGGCCUCGUGGAUUCGAUGGCUGAAUCCAGUCUCGUAUGGCUUCGAGGCUGUAAUGGUAAACGAGUUUCAUGGCCGGGGGUUCCCCUGUGCCUCCUUCAUUCCCUCCGGACCAGGAUACGAGAAUGUUUCAAGCCAAGAGCGGGUCUGCUCGACUGUGGGAGCUGUUCCGGGGUCCGAUGUCGUCCAAGGCACCGCAUUCGUGCGCUCCUCGUAUGGAUACGAGAACAGUCACCGCUGGCGCAACUUCGGGAUCAUCAUUGCCCUGACCAUCUUUCUGGCAGUCUGUCACCUUGUCACCUCCGAACUAGUUUCUAGCCAACGCUCCCGAGGUGAGGUGCUCGUCUUCCGGCGCAACAAAGUGCAGAAAGCUUUGUCGGCACAAAACCAGAAGGAUGAGGAGCAGGGGCCUGAUCCCGUGGUGCAAAGCGACAAAGCACGCAGCCAGGGGUCGGGAACCAUCUCUGGAGUCGAGAAGCAAUCGUCAAUCUUCCACUGGGAGGAUGUGACCUACGACAUCAAGAUCAAAGGCGAGCCGCGACGCAUUUUGGAUCAUGUCGACGGUUGGAUUCGGCCGGGUACUUUGACAGCGCUCAUGGGGGUCUCCGGCGCCGGGAAAACGACCUUAUUGGACGUAUUGGCGAGUCGCACGACGGUCGGUGUUAUUGGUGGCAAUAUGUUGGUGGACGGUCGCGUUCGAGACGAAUCCUUCCAACGUAAGACUGGCUAUGUGCAACAACAAGAUCUGCACCUCCACACCUCGACGGUCCGUGAAGCAUUGGAGUUCAGUGCCUUGCUCCGACAAGCGCCCCAGUACAGCCGAGCUGAAAAGCUCGCGUAUGUUGAGACCGUGAUUGACCUUUUGAACAUGCGGGAGUAUGCGGAUGCCAUCGUCGGGGUACCAGGAGAAGGGCUCAACGUGGAGCAGCGCAAGCGAUUGACAAUUGGAGUGGAACUGGCUGCGCGCCCUAAGCUGCUGCUUUUCUUGGAUGAGCCAACCUCGGGACUGGACAGCCAGACCAGCUGGUCCAUCUGCAAUCUGAUGGAGACCUUGACCAAGAAUGGACAAGCCAUUCUCUGUACAAUCCACCAACCGUCUGCCAUGCUGUUUCAACGCUUUGAUCGACUUCUUCUGCUAGCCAAGGGUGGCAAGACUGUCUACUUUGGGGAGGUGGGAGAAGGAUCGCAAGUUCUUAUGGACUACUUUGUUCGCAAUGGGGGAUCAGCCUGCCCGCCGGGAGCGAAUCCAGCAGAGCACAUGCUGGAGGUCAUUGGAGCGGCUCCAGGAGCCCAGACGGAAAUUGACUGGCCCGCAGUCUGGAGAAACAGUCCUGAAUAUCAAGAUGUGCAGAAGGAACUGGCCAAACUGAGGGAAUUGGCCAGCAAGCCCUCGCCGCUCUCUGAUCCGAAUGAUAAGUCCAGCUAUGCCGAAUUUGCGGCGCCUUUCUUCGAACAACUGAUCCAAGUCGCCAGUCGGGUCUUCCAGCAGUACUGGCGCUCGCCCUCCUACAUAUACUCCAAGAUGGUACUGACUGUUGGCUGUGCGAUCUUCAUCGGGUUCUCUUUUUUCAAAGCAGACAACACUCGACAGGGACUACAGAAUCAGAUGUUUGGCGUCUUCGUGUUCCUCUUCGUGGUUGUUCAGCUGGUGAUGCAGAUCAUUCCAUCCUUUGUCACGCAGCGGACGCUCUACGAAUCGCGCGAGCGGCAGUCCAAGACCUAUUCAUGGCAAGCAUUUAUUCUCUCCAACAUCGCGGUGGAGUUCUUCUGGAAUACGAUCAUGGCGAUAUUAUCCUUCCUGGUCUGGUACUACCCCGUGGGCCUGUACCGUAACGCGGAAUAUACCGGCGAGGUUCACACCCGGGGCACGCUGGCUGUCCUCAUCAUCUGGGCUGUCUUUCUCUUCUCAAGUUCGUUCGCGCACAUGUUGAUCUCUGGGAUGGAUAGUGAUCAGCUGGCAUCAGCGCUGUCCAACAUCCUGUUCAUUAUGAUGUAUGCUUUCUGCGGCAUCCUGGCAGGUCCGGAUGCUCUUCCCGGCUUUUGGAUCUUCAUGUACCGCGUCAACCCCUUUACCUACCUGGUAUCCUCCCUCCUAUCGGCAACCCUGGGCGAUGCCCCCAUGCAUUGUGCCGACAACGAAAUCCUAUCCUUCUUCGCUCCCUCUGGAAUGAGCUGCGGCGAAUACAUGCAAGAUUAUCGCUCCGCCCACGGGGGUUAUCUGCUCAACCCGGACGCUCGAGGCAGCGACGAGUGCAACUUCUGCAGCUUAGAGUACACCAAUCAGUAUCUGGCAGGCUUGAAUGUCAACUUCGCCAAUCGGUGGCGCGACUUUGGCCUGCUGUGGGUGUAUAUUGUGGUCAAUACCGUUGGAGCCAUUGCGUUCUACUGGAUCUUCCGUGUGCCGAAGGGGAAGAAGGUCAAGAAGGAAUAA